AUGGCGCCCAGUAAGAAGUCGAAGAGUGUGAACAAGCGCUUCACCAAUGAAGCCUCUCCAGAAAUAAGUCACUCAAGCAAAACCAAGCAACGAAAGAAGAAAUUGACUGACAAGUUGGGACCUCAGUGGACCAGAGGAGAGCUUGAGCGUUUCUAUGAUUCCUAUCGGAAGCAUGGUGGAGACUGGAAAAAGGUAGCUGCUGCAGUGAGGAAUAACCGGUCUGUUGACAUGGUGGAAGCCCUUUUCUAUAUGAAUCGGGCAUAUUUGUCCCUGCCCGAAGGAACUGCGUCUGUGGCUGGCCUCAUUGCAAUGAUGACUGAUCAUUACAGUGUCAUUGAGGGGAGCGAAAGUGAAGAAGAAGAAGGACCCGAAGCUACUGUAGUACCGAGGAAAUAUCAGAAGCGAAAACGUGCUAAAGCUCCGCCCAGUGGUUCUCAGGAAGAAGUUAUUCCACCACAUCCAAUUGCAUCAGCAGAAGGAUGCCUCCCAUUUUUGAAACUGACCAAAGUCUAUGGAAAGGAGCGGCGUGCCACUGGGAAGCGUACACCUCGGUUUCUUGUACCAAGUCCUCGCAGGAUGGAUGAUAGAGAAGGUUAUACUCCACCAAAUAAAAGAUCCAAGAAACAGCUUGAUGCCGAUGAUGAUGACGAAUAUGCACAUGUUGUAGCAUUGAAAUCGAGAAGGGGAGGAGGGUCUCCAUAUAGGAGAACAGAACUCAAUGACAGCACGCCGGUUGGAAAACUGUCAAAAGCAAAGGAAGCUCAAUCCAAGCAGCGUGAUAGCUAUAUGUUUGAGAAUGGGAUGGGAAUAAGCCGAGAUAGGAGGCAUAAAAACGGAGCUCCUGAUAGAGAUGGUACCUUGGAGGUUUCCAAGAAGGGGAAAAGUGUAAGAUGUGAAGAAGCAGAAGGAAACGAUUCUGAUGACAGCGGAGAAGCAUGCAGGGCCAAUGAGAGACUCAGAACUAAAUCUCAGAAAGGAACUGUAUAUGUUGAAGCCUCAGGAGAUGAAUUAGAUGCUCUGCGUGCAUUGGCUGAAAUGUCAGCUUCACUGUCUCCGGCUCGUUUGAUGGAAUCAGAAUCAUCUGCACAGUUGAAAGAAGAGAGAAUAGCUAACAACAUGGAUGAGAAAUCUAAGACUCUUGAAACCGUAUCCACAAGGCAUCACAGAGAAAAAGCAAAACAAGCAGGACCAGAAGAUAGUCUCUUACAUGAAAUUUCAGCUGCUGAUAGUAGAAAACCAAAGCCUGCGCAGGAAUCCAUAGAUUGUAAUGCUGUUUCCGUAGGAGAGCUUAGCACCUCAAAAAGAAAACGUAAACCAAAGGAGUUGGGUGAAGAUGAUAAUUUGAAGACUCUGGUCAAAGCAAGACGUGCUGGUCAAGGUCCAGCAAAACAGCCGAAAACUGUCAAGACCUCGGCAGAAUUUCCUUCAACUAAUGAUAAGAUAAGAACUGAACCGGAUGUAAUAGUGACAGCUACACAAGUUUCAGAUUUAGGUCCAGCGAAUUUGCCGCAGAAACCUCCAAACAGGCGUAAGAUAGGUUUGAAGAAGAGUUUACAAGAAAGAGCUAAAUCUUCUGAAACCACUCAGGACAAGCCACACAAUGAUGAAAAAAAUUCAGAACAUAAAUCAUUAAAAGAGAAGGUUUCGACUUGUCUGUCAUGUCCAUUGGUUCGUCGAAGGUGCAAAUUUGAAUGGUUCUACAGCGCUAUUGACUAUCCCUGGUUUGCAAAGAUGGAGUUCAUUGAUUAUCUAAAUCAUGUGGGGCUCGGUCACGUUCCAAGACUUACUCGUCUUGAAUGGAGCGUCAUUAAAAGUUCUCUUGGUAGACCUCGGAGAUUUUCUGAGAGAUUCCUACAGGAAGAGCGGGAUAAACUCAAACAAUAUCGUGAAUCUGUGAGAAAGCAUUAUACAGAGCUUCGUGCAGGUGCAAAGGAAGGGCUUCCAACAGAUUUGGCCAGGCCUUUAUCAGUGGGGAAUAGAGUCAUUGCCAUCCAUCCUAAAACAAGGGAAAUUUGUGAUGGCAAGAUUCUUGCUGUUGAUCAUAACAAGUGCACCAUUCUGUUUGAUGAAUUGGGCGUUGACGUAGUUAUGGACAUUGAUUGCAUGCCUUUAAAUCCAUUGGAAUACAUGCCAGAGGGUCUGAGGAGGCAAAUUGAUAACUGCUUGUCAAUAAGCAAAGAAGCACAGUUUAACAGACGCUUAAACUCUGAUGCAUCUGUUCUGUUCCCUCCUUCCGUGCUUGAAAAUAUCGACUCUUCCAUUAAACCUCCUGUGAAACAGGAUGAUAAAGACAGGCCAGUCACUACUGAUCAGUUACAUAACACAAACAUUGGCAAAGCAAGAAGAGCUGAAAUUCAACGACCUCGGAUGCUGCAGCAUACUUCAGAUGCACAGGAAAUGGAGCCAGAAAUGCUUAGAAUUGUCAGUGGUUCAAAGUCAAUAGCCCAAGCAAUGGUCGAUGCAGCUAUGAAGGCUGCAUCUUCGGUGAAGGAUGGAGAAGACGCAGGGAAGAUGGUCCAACAAGCUUUAGACUCAAUUAGCGAACAUCAAGACCAAUCCAAUGGCAGCUUGGAUCAUCAUCAAAGCCGAUCUCCGUCAAACACAGCAGAGCAGAUGGCGAACGGAUUCAUCGGAUCAGGAAGAGACGAAACGCAAAUGCCUUCAGAGCUUAUCACCUCUUGUGUUGCAACUUGGCUCAUGAUUCAGAUGUGCACAGAGAAGCAGUACCCACCAGCAGACGUGGCUCAGCUGAUGGAGACGGCAGUGAGUAACUUGCAGCCACGGUGUCCCCAGAACAUGCCGAUCUACAGAGAGAUUCAGACUUGCAUGGGAUGGAUUAAGACUCAAAUCAUGGCUCUUGUUGCUUCGCCUAAUCUUACGAUCUGCUCCUCUCUCCGCUGUCAAAUAUCAAAUUCAGUGAUGAGGAGUGUUAUAAAAGUCCUCACCAAUGAGAUUCUGGAACUUGAUAAAGAGAUCGGGUUUAGGCUUCAAAUUCUUCUUGGUAACGCUGAGGAGAAUAUUGAUAUUGGUGCUGAAGAAGUUCAAGCAGCAGCUGGCAACGACCGGAGAUUGGCAACGACCGGAGAAUCCUCCGGAAACAAUAAAGGAGAUGAUGAUGGCAAAGUCGGCGGGAAAAGCCAACGAAAGGUUGGUCUUGCUUACGAUGAGGCCAUGUGCAAACACCACACACCUGACGGCAAGGAUCAUCCAGAGUGUCCCGAUCGCAUCAAAGCUAUCUGGAAUAAGCUUGAGCUCGCCGGAGUCUCUCAAAGGUGUGUGGUUCUUGGUGGUAGGAAAGCAGAAGAUAAGCAUCUACAAUUGGUUCACACGAAGGAACAUGUUAAGUUAGUCAAGAGUUUAAGCACAAAGCAGAAAGAUUAUCGGAGAAACAGGAUUGCUUCACAGUUAAAUUCAAUAUACCUUAACGGAGGCUCAUCUGAAGCCGCAUAUCUUGCAGCUGGAUCUGUUGUAGAGGUGGCAGAGAAAGUUGCAGAAGGAGAGUUAGAUAGUGGCUUUGCUAUUGUCAGGCCUCCAGGGCACCAUGCUGAGGCAGAUGAAGCCAUGGGAUUUUGUUUAUUCAACAAUGUAGCAGUUGCUGCUAGUUAUUUACUAAACGAAAGACCGGAUCUAGGUAUCAAGAAAAUUCUGAUCGUUGAUUGGGAUGUUCAUCAUGGAAAUGGUACACAGAAGAUGUUCUGGAAAGAUCCUCGUGUACUAUUUUUCUCUGUUCAUAGGCACGAGUAUGGAGGUUUCUAUCCAGCUGGUGAUGAUGGAUACUAUAGCAUGGUUGGGGAAGGUACAGGUGAAGGUUUCAACAUAAACGUUCCAUGGGAGCAUGGAAGAUGUGGAGAUGCAGAUUAUCUUGCUGCAUGGGACCAUAUCUUGAUUCCUGUGGCGAAGGAAUUUAAUCCGGAUAUUAUUUUGUUGUCAGCUGGUUUUGAUGCAGCUAUUCGUGAUCCGCUUGGGGGUUGUCGAGUCACACCAUAUGGAUAUUCUGUCAUGUUAAAGAAGCUGAUGGAUUUUGCACAAGGAAAGAUUGCGAUGGCGUUAGAGGGAGGUUACAACCUUGACUCAAUUGCAAAAUCUUCUCUCGCUUGCGUCCAAACUUUGCUUGAAGACAAAGCAAUUCAAGGUUCUUCUGAAGCAUAUCCAUUUGAGUCUUCAUGGCGUGUCAUACAAGCGGUACGCAAGAGGCUAUCCGCAUAUUGGCCUUCACUUGCAGAUGAAUUAUCGUGGAAGCUGAUUGAUCAGAAAACACCUACUCCAAGUAUCCUUAUCUCAAGCUCUGAUUCUGAAACUUCACUUGGUAACGCUGAGGAGAAUCUUGCUGAGGCUGAAGCAGCAGCUGUAGAUGGUGGUCAAGCAGACGCUGAAGCAGCUGGUCUUGGUGUCUUUCCCAAACAUAACGCUGGAACAAGUGUCAUCCCAAAUCAAGGCAGCAGCACAUCGGCAGCAGCACAAGUUUCAGCCAUAAAGAGUGGUGUUUGUGAACAGCAAUGGCCAAGGAGCUUGUUUCUCUCCAAUUUCUCCCACCACCGCUUCACAUUUCUCGCCAGUUCCCUACCCUCUCUCCUCCUUCAACACUCAAUCUCCGUCCAAAACCCAAUCUUUCUCCGCCGAUCAAACACCCGCUCUCGCCGCAACAGAACUUCCAACGACGACGAAGGAAUCCCAGCCACCGAAGUCAAAACCAUCGCCAAAUUCAAAUCCCGCCACAAUUACAUCAGAGUCAUCGACAUCUCCCGGAAAGCCGACCACCCACUCGCCGGCUCUCGCCUCCUCCUCCUCGACAAUCCCGGUAACAUUCACAGCAUCUCCUUCCUUCUCAAAACCUUAACCGAUUGUUACUUCGACGUUUUCGCUACCCUGCCUCCGACUAUCCCUCCCGGACCCAUCGGCGUUCUCGGAUUCGGAGCCGGGUCAACCGCCCGAUUGAUCCUCGAGCUUUACCCGCCCGAGAUCACAAUCCACGGAUGGGAAAUCGACCCUUCUGUGAUCGACGUCGGUAGAGAGUUCUUCGGUCUCUCUAAGCUCGAAAUGGAUCAUAAAGGUAGGAUUUUUAUCAACAUUGGGGACGCAUUGAGCGCUAGCGUUAGAACCGGGUUCUCGGGUAUUUUAGUGGAUUUGUUUAGUAAAGGGAGUGUGAUCAAAGAGCUCCAAGAUCCAAAAGUGUGGGAGAGUUUGAAAAGUAGGUUGAGGAAGAGAGGGAGGAUUAUGGUGAAUGUUGGAGGAAGAUGUGUGGAAGCUGAGGAUUCUGAGAGAGAUGGAGAUUUGGUUAUGGAGGAGACGUUGAAAGCGAUGAGCAGUGUUUUUGGUGAUAAGCUCUUUGUGCUAACGCUUGGGAAUGGGAAUGAUAGCUCUGUGGCGUUAACCGGUGAUCUACCGGAUCUUGAUGCGUGGAAGGAGAGGCUACCGGUUAGGGAAUUGAGUAGCUAUGUUGAUUUGUGGAGACCGUAUUCAGAAAUUGAGAUGUUAGAGCCUCAUGAAGCUUAG